AUGACUGUGAAAAAGGUGAACCACGAUACAGUCAGUGGAGCAAAGGGGCCAGACAAAAAGAGACGCAAGGGAUUCUCAGUCGGUCCAGCCAACCUCCCAGAUGGCACCUACAGGCGGAAAACACAAAAAAUAAAGCAUGACCUCAUCCAAAAGGCCAAGGUGAAGAAGGCUUAUGCAAAAGUCAAAGCGCAGGAAGAGUCAGCACAGAACACCUCCACAAAAUCUUCCGGCGACACGCUUGUGGAUGCUGCCCCUGCAAGUCUGGAACUGCAUCCGGACAGACAGGCAAUGCUCGAUGCGGCCGGGACACAAUGCUCAACGAGAAAGGACUCCCAGCACGAACAUAACGGAGACUUCGAUCGCAGUUCUCGGCCAUCCAAACCAAAACAGUCUCGAUAUAAAAAAGAGAUGGAGCUUGCUGCCGAACAUAGAGCGAAGCUUGAGGCUAAAAGAAAGGCACGAGAGAGUCGGGAAAAGGAUAGAAGAGCCAUGGCAAAGGCCAAACGACCUGGAAAAGAUGGAAAGGCCAAGCUAGGCAGGCAAGGAACCAUCCUCCUGAACCGCAUACGAAGAAUGACCGAGGAGGGUAAAAUAUGA